AUGACUUGCGACACACUCUUAGACUCAACUGCUUUAGUUAAACAGGCGGAGAUUGUCAUAUCGCACUAUGUAUAUCGGGGCCUGGAAUAUCUGAGCGUAAUGCUCAGAUAUAGUGGUCUUUUUGGCCUAGUGUGUAACUCGCCAGUCCAGGGGCAGGUUGUAACAGAUGAACUAAAAGAGUAA